AUGGAUAAAACAAAAAAAGAACAAGAUAUUUUAAUGUCUCAAUUAUAUAAAUAUCAAAAAAGAUUAGCUCCAUUUGAUAUUUCUUUUAUUAAUAAUGAACUUCCUCAAGUUUGGUGGAUAUCAAUUGAAGAUUUUUUUGUAAAAAAUGAAGAUCAUAUUUGUCAACUUACAAUGAAACUUUUUGCAAUUACUCCUCAUGCUGCUGGAUAUGAAAUAAUUUGGUUAAGACUUGAAUGGUAUUAUAGAAAAAGAAGAACUAGUCUUUCUUUAGAUAAACUUGAAAAUAUGCAAAAAUUAGCUGCAUUUUAUAUUCCUAAUAUAAAAAAAGAAUUACCAUAUUAUGGUAAUAGUAAAGUAACAGAAGAAUUACAAAAAAUAAU